AUGAUUUCUGCUACAGCUUGGGUCCCUAGAGGAUAUGCAUCUGAAUUUCCAGAAAAGUAUGAGUUAGACGACGAUGAAAUUAAGAGAAUCGAGAAUAUGGCAAACUUGAACCUAAAUGAAAUUGACGUCGAGGAAGUCGAACGAAUGGCAGCUGAAGAAGCCAAUAUCAAUAGAGAUCAAAACAAUGGUGACGAAAACGUGAAAGAAGAAGGUGAAGAUGCUGCUAUUGAAUCAGCUUAUAAUAACCAGAAUGCACUAAGAGAUCAAACUGAUAUAGAUAACGAUAUGAAAGAAUAUGAAAUUGAAGAAGCUCAAUUUACUGAAUCUACCGAUGAAGGUGAAGACGUUACAAUGUUCCCUGGUUUGGCAAAUGAUAAUGUGAAAUAUCAUGAAGGUGAAAAUGGUGAGGAUCCAUAUCUAUCCUUACCUACAGAAACAGAAAAUACCGAAGAAAAACAAGAAUUACAAGUAUACCCAAGUGAUAACAUGGUUUUGGCAACAAGAACUGAAGAUGAUGUUUCCUAUUUGGAUGUAUACGUCUAUGAUGAUGGUGCUGGUUUCCACAGUACUGAAAUACCUCAAGAACAAGGUGACGAAAUCGAUCCUGAUGUUGCAAAGGGUCUUGUAAGAGAUUCAUCUUUAUAUGUGCACCAUGAUUUGAUGUUACCAGCUUUCCCGUUAUGUACUGAAUGGAUUAAUUACAGACCAGGUAGCAAUGAUAACGACAAUGUUGCUAACUUUGCUGCAAUCGGUACAUUUGAUCCACAAAUUGAAAUUUGGAACUUAGAUAGUGUUGAAAAAGCUUUCCCAGAUAUGAUUUUAGGAGAACCUACAGACAAUUCUAUUGCAUCUUUACAAGGCCAAAAAAAGAAGAAUAAGAAAAAGAGUAAAGGUCAACAUAUUACAACUCAUCAUACAGAUGCUGUGUUAUCCAUGGCCCAUAAUAAAUUAUUCCGUUCUGUUUUAGCAUCCACUUCCGCUGAUCACACCGUAAAAUUGUGGGAUCUAAAUAACGGUAACGCCGUCCGUUCUCUUGCAUCAAUCCACAGUGAUAAAAAUGUCUCUGCAUCUCAAUGGCAUCAAACUAACGGUUCUAUCUUAUUAACUGCUGGUUACGACUCUCGUGUGGCCCUAUCUGAUGUCAGAAUCUCCAAGGAAUCUGAAAUGUCAAAAUAUUGGUCUGUCUCUAGAGGUGAAGAAAUUGAAACUGCAGUCUUUGCCGAUGAAAACAUAAUAUUAUGUGGUACUGACUCUGGUAAUGUUUAUUCAUUCGAUAUUAGAAACAAUGCUGAAUCUAAGCCUGUGUGGACUCUAAAAGCUCACGAUUCCGGUAUCUCAACACUUUCUGUCAAUAACUUUAUCCCUGGUCUAAUGAGUACAGGUGCCAUGGGUGAAAAAACUGUCAAAUUAUGGAAAUUCCCUACAGGUGAAGAAACUUCAAAUAAAGGUCCAAAUAUGGUUUUAUCUCGUGAUUUUGAUGUUGGUAAUGUCUUAACCACAUCUUUUGCUCCUGAUAUUGAAAUAUCAGGUACUAUGGUUAUCGGAGGUGUUAACAAGGGUCUAAAACUAUGGGAUGUCUUUUCUAACAGAACUGUCCGUAAGAGUUUUGCUGAUGAAUUACAAGGUGUCCAACAAUUAGCUAGAGAAGAAGCCAAGAAGCUUGGUAGAAGUUCGAGAAUAGCAAGAAAGUACAUAAAGAAUGAUAAUCCAGACACUGUAAUGCAAAUUGAAGAUCAAGGUGAAGAUGAGGAAGAGAGAGAUGGUGAAGAACAGAACUCCGAAGAGGAUUAA